AUGUCUCUCCGCCGCACUAUCCUCGAUCUCCACCGUCAAACCCACAAACUCUCUCUCUCAAAGCCUCUACCUUUCUCGAUGAGUAACAUAUCCUCCAACUCCGCCGUAUCCGCCGCGAGAUUCCAAGUGGGAAGAGACAUCUCCUCGAUCCCAUUUGCCCUAACCCAGAAACUUAAACCGGAUUCCACCACCGAUCGUUCGAUUUCUUCGUUUCGGCAAUCGGAUCUCGAAACGGCGGCGAAAUUCUCUCGUCUCCAGUCAGCUCGAGGUUACAGUAACGCUUCUUUCUUACCGAAACUUCAUGUGCUUUAUCAUAUCAAUGAAGGAAUGGAAGAAAUUUUGGCGGAUUAUGUUCAUCAAGAAAUGACCAGGAAUUUGAUGGUGAUCUCAUUGGGAUUGUUCCAGUUUAUCGUUAUCAAAGAUGUUUUCUUGUUUCUUUUCUUCUAA